ACUACAUUGGCUCCUAUCAGGAGAAUGGAGAGAGGUUGGGGAAUCUGAGAGGGGAGUGUGAUGCAGUUGCUUGGCUACAGUAAUAAAGGCCGAUUAGCAUGAUGGAGUGCAGAGAGAGUGUAAUGUAUGUGUGAGUGUGUGUGUGUCUGUGUGUGUGAAUGAGGAGGGCUCUCUCUUUCUCUCAGUGCUCAGUUAAUCCUUCUGUCAGUUGAUGUUAAGGCUGCAUUUUAAGUGCCGGAUGGGAAAAGAGAAAGGAUCCAAAUAACAGAAGACACAGAACACAGACUGGAGAAUAGACAAGAAGAGGCAAGCCUUGUUUUAUCCAGAAUCCAGGAGGGGGAUCUAUAUAAAAAAAAAAAUUGGAAUUCUGCUUCCAGCAUCCACCCCCACCUCUCUCUGCCCCCCUCCCCUCCCAACCCUUGUACCCUCAAGCAAGGGAAUCGAGGCCAGGGUGUUAUACAAGAAGAUUUUAAGAAGGGGGGAGUCCCCAAAAUCUUUGCUGGGAAGUAAGGGCUUAUCUUUUCCUUCGCCAAUGCAAAAGGAAAUAUGCCGCACAUUUUUGCCUUUUUCUGCACCAGCUUUCUAGGGGCAGUGCUUGGGGUGAAUUUCCCCAACCAUAUCCAAAUCGGGGGUCUCUUCCCAAAUCAGCAGUCCCAGGAACAUGCCGCCUUCCGUUUUGCUCUGUCCCAGUUGAUGGAACCCCCAAAGUUGUUACCCCAAAUCGACAUUGUGAACAUCAGUGACAGUUUUGAAAUGACCUACACCUUUUGUUCGCAGUUUUCUAAAGGAGUAUACUCCAUUUUUGGUUUCUAUGACCGGAAGACAGUCAACAUGCUGACAUCUUUCUGCGGUGCUCUUCAUGUCUGCUUCAUCACUCCUAGUUUCCCAGUAGCCACUUCCAAUCAGUUUGUCCUACAGUUGAGGCCGGAACUCCAAGAUGCUCUCAUCAGUGUUAUUGAGUACUACAAAUGGAAAAAGUUUGUUUACAUAUAUGACGCAGACCGAGGUUUAUCUGUUCUCCAGAAAGUGCUGGACACUGCAGCAGAGAAGAACUGGCAAGUCACAGCUGUGAAUAUUCUCACAACAACUGAAGAAGGUUAUCGUCUACUUUUCCAAGACCUGGAUAAGAGUAAAGACCGCCAAGUGGUUAUAGACUGUGAGUCGGAGCGACUGAAUGCCAUCCUCACCCAGGUAAUAAUCAAGAUGGAAAAAAACAUUGUCGGAUAUCAUUAUAUUCUUGCUAACCUGGGCUUCAUGGACAUUGAGUUACAGAAGUUCAAAGAAGCAGGGGCCAAUGUAACAGGAUUUCAGUUGGUGAACUAUACAGAUGCCAUGGUGUCCCAGGUCAUGCAGCAGUGGAAGAACUACGAUGGCCGAGAACAGCCUCGUGUGGAUUGGAAAAAACCAAAGUACACCUCUGCCCUGACCUAUGAUGGAGUGCGUGUGAUGGCUGAGGCAUUUCAGAAUUUAAGGAAACAGCGGAUAGACAUCUCACGUCGGGGGAAUGCUGGAGAUUGUUUGGCAAAUCCUGCCGUUCCAUGGGGACAAGGAAUUGACAUUCAGAGAGCACUGCAACAGGUCCGGCUGGAAGGGCUCUCAGGAAAUGUCCAAUUUAACGAAAAAGGCAGACGAACAAACUACACACUUCACAUUCUGGAAUUGAAGCAUGAUGGUACCCAUCACAUUGCUAAUUGGAAUGAAGAUGAUAAACUUAUUCCUCUAGCCACAGAUGCCCAAGCUGGAAAUGACACCAUAGGAGUUCUAAACAGGACAUAUAUUGUAACCACAAUCCUGGAAGCUCCAUAUGUAAUGUACAAAAAGAAUGCGGAUGAGUUUUUUGGUAACGAUAGGUUUGAGGGCUAUUGUGUAGAACUGGCUGCGGAGAUAGCCAAACAUGUUGGAUACAAGUACAAGCUGGAGAUAGUAAAGGAUGGAAAAUAUGGAGCUCGUGACUCAGAUAUGAAGGCUUGGAAUGGAAUGGUCGGGGAGCUGGUAUAUGGGAGAGCUGAUUUGGCCGUUGCUCCAUUGACUAUAACAUUGGUCCGUGAAGAGGUUAUCGACUUCUCCAAACCAUUCAUGAGCCUGGGCAUAUCCAUCAUGAUCAAGAAGCCUAUGAAAUCCAAACCAGGAGUCUUUUCCUUCCUUGACCCUCUCGCUUAUGAAAUCUGGAUGUGCAUCGUCUUUGCCUACAUUGGAGUAAGCGUGGUGCUCUUCCUAGUGAGCAGAUUUAGUCCAUAUGAAUGGCACAAUGAGGAGUUUGAGGAAGGCAGAGAUCAGCCCACAACAGAUCAAACUAAUGAAUUUGGUAUAUUUAAUAGCCUUUGGUUCUCCUUGGGGGCAUUUAUGCAGCAAGGAUGUGACAUUUCCCCAAGGUCCCUCUCAGGACGCAUUGUUGGUGGUGUCUGGUGGUUUUUUACAUUGAUCAUCAUCUCGUCCUACACGGCCAAUCUAGCUGCCUUUCUGACUGUCGAGAGGAUGGUAUCUCCAAUAGAGAGUGCUGAUGAUCUAGCCAAACAAACAGAGAUUGCCUAUGGAACUCUAGAUUCUGGGUCCACCAAAGAAUUUUUUAAGAGAUCUAAAAUUGCUGUUUUUGAGAAGAUGUGGACUUACAUGCGCUCAGCAGAGCCCUCAGUUUUCGUAAAGACAACAGAGGAUGGAAUGAAUAGAGUGAGGAAGUCAAAGGGCAAAUAUGCCUACCUCUUGGAGUCCACCAUGAAUGAAUACAUUGAGCAGAGAAAGCCAUGUGACACUAUGAAGGUGGGAGGUAACUUGGACUCCAAGGGAUAUGGCAUUGCAACCCCCAAGGGGUCUCCUCUGAGAGGUGCUGUAAACCUAGCGGUAUUGAAACUCAGUGAGCAAGGCGUCUUAGACAAGCUGAAAAGCAAAUGGUGGUACGAUAAAGGGGAAUGUGGAAGCAAAGACUCCGGAAGUAAGGAUAAGACGAGUGCUUUGAGUCUGAGUAAUGUGGCUGGAGUCUUCUACAUAUUGAUCGGAGGUCUAGGCUUGGCCAUGUUGGUUGCUCUUAUCGAGUUUUGCUACAAAUCCCGAAGUGAAUCAAAAAAGAUGAAGGGUUUCUGUUUAAUUCCGCAGCAAACAGUCACAGAAACAGUCCGGAUGGCAACAUUACCCAGACCAUCCACAGCAGGAGGCAGUGGCGAAAACGGCAGAGUGGUGAGCCAUGACUUCCCAAAAUCCAUGCAGACAAUUCCAUGUAUGAGCCACAGUGCAGGGAUGGCACUGGGAGCAACUGGAUUAUAAUACCAGCAGACUUCACACUGCUAAGUGAAUCAAUGAAUAUUCCCCCUUCCAGUGCCAAAAACUACAAAUGACAUUAACAUAUGGAACUUUGCAGCAACUCAAAGAUCUAUUUUUUGUCUUUUUUUUUCUUUUCUUUUCUCUUUUUUUUUUUUUUUUUUUUCAUUUUUGCCUCCAGCGACAAAAUUAUAUGUCAGUAAUUGCAAUAAAGAGCUGAUAUUGGGAAGAAAGGAGAUCCUACCCUGUGGGCUGGACAAUUGAAUGUUAACAAUAGACUCUGAUCCCACAAUUUUUCAGCUCAUCAAUUCUUAGUAUAUUCAAUUGUUAGGGGUAUAUUUUUUGGAACACUUUUUUUUUUUUCUUUUACCGUUUUUCCUGUAAUAACUAUCAAAUAAAUGCGAGCAUACGCACACAAACAAAAAACAAAGCUGAAGACAUUUCUGACAUCUAAAUAAUUCUAAACGACGACCUAGAUUCAUACAGGGAUUUGUUCAUCUUUCCAGUUUGGAGAUACAAAAUGAAAAACAUGACAUGGCAAAUUAUGAAAAAGGAUGCAUUUAACAAGACAUAGGCAAGUAAGCAAAAAAUAUUUUAAAAAUAAAGUAAAAAAUACAAAACAUUCACAGCUCAUUGCUCAUUACAAUCAUGUUCAAAUGAUGGACAGUAGAUAAGGUGAUAUGAGAGAUGAUACAAGUAGGCCUGAAUCUACCAAGUAGGAAAAAAGAGACUAUGUUAAAAAAAAUGUGAACAGAUCAAAUCAAAAGGUGAAGAACAAAUAUUAAACACCCAAAACGUUUUUUUUUUUUUUCUAAAGUUAAGAACAUUGCUUAAAAGCCAUGAGGGUGCUAUUUUGGCUUUGAGUCACCUUAAUAAUGACGAACAACCUAUGGGACUUACAUCAAGAUAAAAGCUGCUUGGGAUUGCUUGAUGAGGUAGAUAAAAAAACAUCUACAUGUUUGGAAGUCUCUCCAUUUUCUUAACUGCAGGACAUUUGCCAUUCUUUUGACAUCUAGAACAUGUUUGGAGCUAGCAAAGCUAUAAAAUGGAUGCAUUUGUUGGAAGAGAGAAUACAAGUGCAGACUCCGUAUGUUCACAGCAGCAAAGUCCACUAUAAAUAUGGGAAUAUUACCUACAUGAAGAAACUACAUCAACAUGCUGGACAGUUGCACAUGGAACUACUACUGAUACUUUACCACGUGUGCUGAUGUGUGGACAUAGUAAUAUGAGAAUUUGGACCAGCAUUUAAUGUCUUUCUUUGUUCAAUCCCAGAUCGAUCCAUGUUUUAUUUGUUUUCAAGUCAACCCUUCACAAUGGAAGAACAUUAAUAUCCCUGAAAAAUGACCAGUUGGGACGUUAAUGUUUUUUGAUUUUUUUUUUUUAAUUUUGUUUAUGAGUAUUUAAGUUCCUGUUCAAAUAUAUGGGGCUUGUGAUUAAGACAGAUGUUUUGCUUGUUCUUUUCUUUUUUUUUCUUUUUCUUUUGAACCUCUGCAAACGUCUAUGUAGCCAACUUGAAGUGGAAACAAAUCCUUUCUAUGAAUUCCUCAAUGAUUUGGGGGAAAUUUCCAGCCAUUUUACUCAAGGAGACACAACUUGCUUCCUUGGGAACUGAACUUUAACAUGUGAUGUGUGAAAAAAAAUCUGUCUUGAAAAAACAAUAUGGUUUUUAUUUGUCAGUGACAUUUAAAUUGGCUACUGAGUGUGAGACAGGAUAAAGCAAAACAGCACUGGAGAUUUUGAGCGUUUACUUGUAAUUUGUAUUUUUACUACUCUUUCUUAAAAACAGCGGUGUGGAGGCAAGUUCGGGUUUUUACCCCAGACAUGGACUCUGCAUUUAACCCCUUCAGGCAAUUCAUUCCAUUUUUCUUCUUUGAUACCUGGAUACUUUCUUCAAAAGGCUGUAUUUGUUAAACUCUGAUGUCAAAAAGUGCUAAGGAGAGAACACAUUUGGUCAAACAGAAGCAUAUUUUAGUUUGUUUUACAGUUGUGUUGGUGGGGAGGUGGUAACUCUCUACAGCAUCUAUUUGCUUCUUGCGUAUUUCCUUUGUUUUAUUUUUUCUUUGAAUUAAUAUAAAAUGGACGUGUUCUCUUUCAUUAACAAGGUGAA